AUGUUUUUUAGUCAUGAAAAUAAUUUAAAUUUACAAACUUACAUCUAUAAUAUAGCAUUUUGUACAUUUAUAUCAUCAAUUAUUGAUAUCGACCAUUUUUUUGUCGCAAAAUCUUUUUACUUAAAGGACCUGACCAACCUGAAACAAAGGGGUAUCUUCCAUUGCACGUCUUUCUGGCUGCUACUGAUUACAAUAUUGCUGUUAUAUAGUUAUUCACAAAAGAAACUGAACAUAUAUAUUUUAAGUUUUAUGUUAAUAUUAGCCUUCACCAGUCAUCAUAUCCGCGAUGGGAAUAGACGUGGUUUAUGCGUUGUAUGUCGUGUUGCUCUUGAAAUCUUCGAUAUUAUUUAUGUAGCUAUUCGAAUGAUCACAAGAGUUGAUUUUAGAAAAAUAAACAUGUUUUUAUUGUUAUGUUUCCUCUUCGUGACGGUUGCUGGUCAGAGAGUGGGGGAUGAAUGUAUCCACCCCUACGCCAACACAUUGGGAAGGUGUACCCCUGUGGCGCAGUGUGAAACAGCCAGGACCGACUAUCAGUUAAGCGGCAUAAGGACUACAUACUGUUCGUACAGUGCUUUCGGUAACUCCUUAGUGUGCUGCAGAGACGGAACUACUAUCUUACAAGAGCCUACUCCAAUUCGCAAUGAAAACCGUCCUGUUUGGGGCAGUAGCAAUGGCCAACAAAGGAAGAGAGUGAGUGAAAGAAAAUGCGAGGAGUAUAGCCGCGGCGUGGUCCUGAAGGUUGAAUACAUGGCUCUCAUCCCAGAUGCUGAGGCUUUGUCAGUAUCAGCAGCCAAGUGCGAUUACAAUACGAUUGAGCUGAUCAUUGGCGGGGAGAAUGCUGAGCCUGGGGAGUUCCCACACAUGGCUGCCAUAGGAUGGGUGGGCUUCAACGAUGAGUAUCUAUUCUCUUGUGGGGGGAGCCUCAUCAGCCACAAGUUUGUCCUGACCGCGGGCCAUUGCAUCCGUAACAAAAACGCCAAGAAUGAAAUACCUGUUAUAGUCAGGCUUGGAGACCAGAACAUAGACAACAGCGUCAAUGAUGGAGCUAAUCCUGUGGAUGUGCCAAUCCGCAACAUCCACACGAACCCCAACUACAAGCCCCCAGUGAAGUACAACGACAUAGCUCUCCUUGAGCUGGCCAGCGACGUCACAUUCAGUUCCACCAUCCGAGCAGCUUGCCUCUGGACUAAGCCGAACUUCCCAGGGUACGAUAAAGUUGUUGCUACCGGUUGGGGAGUUACUGAUGCUAAUGGACGAGAACCUUCGAAAGAGUUGAAGAAAGUCGCUCUUAAUCUAUUUGAGAAUAGUCACUGUGAUUCCUUGUUGGACUGGCUCAAGAACAGAAAUUGGGAUGGGUUCCGGAGUUCCCAAAUGUGUGCUGGAGAACUGAGGGGUGGGAAGGACACUUGUCAGGGUGACUCCGGCUCUCCUCUACAAGUAGCUUCCAAAGACAAUCAGUGCAUCUUCCACGUGGUGGGAAUCACGUCGUUCGGGAAACAGUGCGCGAAGAGUGAUAGCCCUGGAGUGUACACCAGGGUGUCCAGCUACCUCGACUGGAUUGAGGGAAUUGUGUGGCCCGGGGAGUAA